UCCCCAACUGUAAUACUAGACCACCUGCAAUUUUUGUCCCGCACAAAAAAAAUCACAAAGGGAAAAUUGAAUUGAACUCUAACCAAAAAUCGCAGAGCAAUGCGAACAACGUGGAAGCUCCACCUGCUCACGGCGUUCCUCCUCCUCUUCCAUGGAGUCGGCGGCGACGACUGGAGCGGCGACUACUCCAAGCUCUCCGGCAUCAUCAUCCCCGGCUUGGCCUCCACUCAGCUCCGCGCCUGGUCCAUCCUCGAUUGUCCUUACUCUCCUCUCGAUUUCAACCCUCUCGAUUUGGUCUGGCUCGACACCACCAAACUUCUCUCCGCCGUGAACUGCUGGCUCAAGUGCAUGCUGCUCGACCCGCACAACCAAACGGAUCAUCCUGACUGCAAGUCCCGACCCGAUAGCGGCCUCUCUGCCAUCACUGAGCUCGAUCCUGGCUAUAUAACCGGUCCUCUUUCUUCAGUGUGGAAGGAAUGGGUGAAAUGGUGUAUAGAAUUUGGAAUCGAAGCGAAUGCAAUCAUUGCUGUUCCUUAUGAUUGGAGGCUUUCGCCUUCCAUGCUUGAGGAGCGAGACCUUUACUUUCACAAGCUCAAAUUGACAUUUGAGACAGCACUGAAACUUCGCGGAGGCCCUUCAGUAGUGUUUGCACAUUCACUUGGUAAUCAUGUCUUCCGAUACUUUCUGGAGUGGCUAAAGCUGGAGAUUGCACCGAAACAUUAUGUCAGAUGGCUGGAUGACCACAUUCAUGCCUAUUUUGCUGUCGGAGCUCCACUUCUUGGUGCAACUGAGACUGUCAAAGGAACUCUUUCUGGGCUAACAUUUGGCCUUCCUAUUUCUGAGGGAACAGCUCGGUUGAUGGUCAAUUCAUUUGCUUCUACUUUAUGGAUGUUGCCAUUUUCAAAGUAUUGUAAAGGAGAAAAUAAAUACUGGAACCACUUUUCUGGGGGAGACGAGAGAAGUCAUCAUACGUAUCACUGUGAGAAGCGGGAAUAUCAGUUGAACUUCUCUGGAUGGCCAACAAAUAUCGUCAACAUUGAAAUUCCUGCAACUCGUGGCUAUGAGGCCUAUCCAUCUGUUACCGACAUGACUGCAACCAACUUUUCUAGCAUAGAAUGUGGAUUACCUACCCAGUUGUCUUUCUCUGCCCGUGAAAUAGCAGAUGGGACACUUUUCAAAGCAAUAGAGGAUUAUGACCCAGAUAUGAAGAGGAUUUUGUACCAAUUAAAGAAGCUAUAUCUUGAUGAUCCAGUUUUAAAUCCACUCACACCAUGGGAAAGACCUCCUUUGAAAAAUAUAUUUUGCAUCUAUGGAACAGGCUUGAAAACUGAGGUUGGUUACUAUUUUGCACCAAGUGGAAAGCCCUACCCCGAUAACUGGAUCAUUACCGAUGUGAUAUAUGAGAUUGAAGGUUCCUUGUUCUCAAGGUCGGGAAAUCUUUUCGAAGGACAUCCAGGAGCAGCAAGUGGGGAUGAGACUGUACCAUACCAUUCUCUAUCUUGGUGCAAGAAUUGGCUGGGACCAAAAGUUAAUAUAACGAGGUCUCCCCAGGCUGAGCAUGAUGGUUCCAAUGUACAAGAGGAAUUGAAUGUAGAACAUCAUCAUGAAGAAGAUAUUUUGCCAAACAUGACAAGGUUGCCCAGGGUCAAGUACAUAACUUACUAUGAAGAUUCUGAAAGUAUACCAGGAAGGAGGACGGCAGUUUGGGAGAUAGAUAAAGCGAAUCAUAGGAACAUUGUCAGAUCCCCGGUUCUGAUGAGAGAGUUGUGGCUUCAAAUGUGGCAUGAUAUCCAUCCUGAUGCUAAGUCAAAAUUCGUCACUAAAGCCAAACGCGGACCUUUGAGGAAUGAAGACUGCUAUUGGGAUUAUGGAAAAGCUCGAUGUGCAUGGGCUGAAUACUGUGAAUAUAGGUACCUGUUUGGAGAUGUUCAUUUAGGACAGAGCUGUAGGUUGAAGAAUUCUAGAGCAGAUCUUCUUUCGCACUACUUGUAGAUGAGAGGUCCCUUGCCAAGUUGUCAAGUUGCCAAUAUUUGCGCUGAUCAGAGGCACAUUACCAUUUACAAGCAAGACACGAAACUGAUAUUGUGCAACAGUUUAGUGGGCGAGUACUUUUUUAGCACAAUUAGCGAGUCUUGGAUCUUGCAUGAUUUUGUCUUCAGUAGAUAUCUAACUUAGCGCUAGCUAAGCCUUUGUUUGCAACUGGAGAAGACCUCUGCUAGAUCUGCUUUGGCCAACUCAGCUCCCUGCUCCCCCAAGCAAAUUCUCUCUCCAUAAAAUCAAUUUUUUUCUGGUAGCUUCCUCUAAGCACCAUGUUGCUGACCAUUGCACCACCAAAGUACUUGAAUUCAUUGUUAACAUGGUUUGCCAUCAAAUUGUUAUUUUCCUGAAAAAUGUAUCUAUUUAUGUUGUCUCAGAAUCGAGCAGGGACCCAUUCGAGACAACUGAGUACUAUACUAUACGAGGAUAUAUUGAACUUGGUAUAGAGCUGCUACAAUACUGCUAUUCUUGCUGAUUAUG